AUGGGUGCAACAAUUGUUCUUGGAUCUCAAUGGGGGGACGAAGGGAAGGGAAAGCUGGUCGACAUCUUAACUGAAUCCGCCGACCUAGUUGCAAGAGCGCAGGGUGGAAAUAAUGCUGGUCACACCAUAUCGCAUAAUGGCAAAUCAUAUCAUUUCCAUCUUCUUCCCUCCGGUCUCAUGAACCCAAAAUGCAUCAACUUGAUCGGAACCGGUGUCGUAGUGCACAUUCCAUCAUUCUUCAAGGAACUGGCAGAAUUGGAAGCGCAAGGCCUCGAAAAGCCGCGCGAGAGAAUCUUCAUCAGCGACAGGGCACAUUUGAGUUUGAAUGUACACGCUCUUGUUGAUGGACUCGAGGAAGUUGAAUUGGGAGGAAACUCCAUCGGCACAACUAAGCGUGGUAUCGGACCAACAUACAGUACAAAGGCCGCUCGAAGUGGUAUUCGGGUUGGAGAUAUCUUUCACAAAGAAUUGUUUGAUCGCAAGAUUCGAGAGAUCGCGCGUGCCUAUAAAUUAAGAUAUGGGGAUUUGCUUACCUAUGACGUCGACCGGGAUAUCGCAAAAUUCGACAAAUACCGUGAGGAAUUAGCGCCUUUCGUUGUUGAUGCUGUUCCGUUAAUUGCAUCUGCGGAAGCUAGCAACUCCAGAAUUCUCAUCGAAGGAGCAAAUGCACUCAUGCUCGACUUGGAUUUUGGUAGUUAUCCAUAUGUCACUUCAUCCAACACUGGUCUUGGUGGAAUCUUUACAGGACUGGCGCUCAACCCAAGAAAGGUCACUUCAAUCAUUGGUGUCGUCAAGGCAUACACAACUAGAGUCGGAGGUGGCCCAUUUCCAUCAGAAGACGAAACCGAGGAAUGUGGCGUGAAAUUACAAGAGGUCGGUCGUGAGUGGGGAGUGACCACUGGAAGGAGACGUCGGUGCGGAUGGUUGGAUUUAGUGGUCUUGAAAUACAGCUGCCAAAUCAAUCAUUAUACUGAGCUGAAUAUUACCAAACUCGAUGUGCUGGAUGGGUUUUCAAAAAUCAAGAUCGCUGUUGGGUACAAAGACGAACAGGGAACAGAUAUGGGUUGGCCUGCCGAUCUCAGCCGUCUCGACAAUUGUCAAGUCACCUAUCACGAAAUGGACGGGUGGAAUACCCCUACCACAGAAGCACGCAAGUACAGCGAUCUACCAAAACAGGCACAGGAAUAUGUCGAAUACAUUGAGAAAUUCACCGGAGUACCUGUCAACUAUAUCGGCGUUGGCGCAAGUCGAGAUGCCGUGGUCGUAAAAGGCUUGUAA